ACAAGUGAACACAGGUGACCUGGGACGCGCCAAGCCCCGCUGACAACAUCACAACCAGCGGAAAUAAAAACAAUUAGCAGCUGGAGUGCCAGUAGAGUGUAUAAUCCAUUUUUCUGAAAUUAUUAAUGACACAUAAUGCCUUUUUUUUUUAGCGUAGUUUGUGUUUGAGGAUACGAGCGAUUCCACUGACCGCAUUGGAGCGCACUGGUGGAAGACCCACGUAGUUUCCAGAACCUGCACUCCCAACUUCGUAUCAUCUGACCUUCAGAGCGUUUUCCAGUCCUCUCCAGGGUGUCCAGAGAUGUAGGGAGCAGUGGGAGGAGCACCCCCCCUUCUCACUCUCUCAGCACCACUUUACUUACAAAGAGCUUCCUCUCUCUCUCGUGCUGGACUGUGGUGCAUCUGCGUCUGCACGCCCCCCCCUCCCCCCUCGCCCUCCAGCCAUGGCCUCGCGAGUAGGGCUGCGUCUGCAGCUAAUGCGAGACCAGCUGCAGCAGGAGGAGCAGCGGGAGCGGCAACAGCAGCAGAAUGCGGCGCUGCAGUACAUUCAACAGCAGAGUAUGUCUGUCCCUGCUCCCAGCCCCGCCAUCAACGCUCCACAACACUACCAGAGCAUGCAGGUUCCUGUUGAGGUGCUCAAGGUCCAGACUCACUUGGAGAACCCAACAGACUACCACAUCCGCCAGUCCCAGAGACAACAGGUGAAGGAGUACCUCUCCACAACCUACGCCACCAAGCAGACGGUGCAUGCAGUAACAGGUGUGGUGCAGCCCUCCCCUCCCCCUCCCCACCACUCCCCCCGGCUCCGUACGGAGCAGCUCAUCACAGGAAACAGCGCCCCCAAUAGCCCCAUGGCCAUGCUCAACAUCGGCUCCAGCCACGAGAACGAGGUACACGAGAUGGAUGAGGUCAUCGAUGACAUCAUCAGCAUGCAGUCGAGCUAUGAUGACAUCCAGCAGUAUAUUGACCCUCUUCAGACGUCCAACACUCUCCCUCUGUCCAGCAGUCACCUGGACGUGUACACGGGCCCUGGGAUGACCGGUCAAUCUAUCGCCAUGACAAGCAAUUCCUGCCCUGCCAACCUGGCCAUCAAACGAGAGCUGACGGAAACCCGUGCAAUGGCCAAAGAGAGACAGAAGAAAGACAACCACAACCUGAUUGAGAGGAGGAGGAGGUUCAACAUCAACGACCGCAUUAAAGAGCUGGGCGGCAUGAUCCCCAAAACCAACGACCUGGACGUGCGCUGGAAUAAGGGCACUAUUCUGAGGGCAUCCGUAGAGUACAUCAAGCGUAUGCAGAAGGACAUGCAGAGGACCAGAGAGGUAGAGAACAACUUCAAGAGGAUGGAGAUGGCCAACAAACAGCUGUGGCUGCGCAUCGAGGAGUUGGAGAUGCAGGCUCGUCUGCACGGCCUCCCCAGCUCCUCUCCCUCUGGGAUGGGUUCUGGGGACCUGAUGGGUUCCUACAUUAAACAGGAGACCAGCCCUGAGGAGAAGCUCCAGCAGCAGCAGCAGGCCCAGCACCAAGCUCUUUCCCAGGGCCAACAACACCUCCACCACCCCCAGUCCCACCACAUUCAGCCCCAGCAGGGCCAGCCCAGACAGCUGCCUCCUCUCCCCCCUCAUCUCCAGCCCCAACUUCCCCUCCAGUACCCAGCUGUGGGCAGCUCUCAGCCCUUUGACUUUGCCCAGUCGCUGGACUUGUGUGACGGGGUUCCUGGCUACCCGGAGGGCUUGUCAGGGCUAGGGGAGCUUGGCCUCCUGGGCACCCAGGGAAGGAGAGGCGACCUGGGCUUCCUGAUGAUGGACGAGCCCCUGUCUCCUCUGGGUGGAGACCCUCUGCUCUCUGCCAUGUCCCCUGAGGCCUCGGUUGACUCCAGCCGCAGAUCCAGCUUCAGCAUAGAGGACACAGAUAUACUGUAGAGGGAGUGUACACACAGACAGACACACACACACAGACACAUAUGGUACAUACAGAACACCCAAUGGACAUACACCCAACGAGCACUGAUAUACUGUGAUAUAUGCUUUUGCUCUGUUCCUCAACCCUGCUACAUAUGCACUCCAGACGCCCUCACAUACAGUGUAAGCACUCGCGUAGACACUGUACACACACUGAGACAUACUUAAACACACACACUCAAAAUUCUCAUGGAUGCACACCCUUAACACUCACAUUCAACAGCAUUAUAACCAAACCCAUGUUUCGGAUUGCAAUAGUUGUUCCCUACCACUGUAAAUAUCAGAGCACCUCUAAAUGAUCCACAACGAGCACAGACAGCUUCUUGUUCACUCAAACACAGAAGGGCCCCUGUUAUUUGAAGGGAAAUAUGUGAGGGACUGCCAACGGUUUAACACACACACACACACACACACACACACACCCUUCUUCUGUAAAACACACUGCCAUGACCUCUAUGGUACUGUCAUCUCCUGUGUGUCUACUCCAUGACCUCUGACCCCUGUGUGAAUGUUGAGGAGAGAUGGAUUGGCCUUGCAUUGUGAAAUAGUGUAGCAAUUGAAGAGGUUAUGUCGCUCCACAGUGUAAGUAAUUCCACGUAGCGACUCAGGAUCUUCUGUAGCCCAGUCCUUAACCUGCCAACGUGCCUUGUGUUUGCCACCUGAAGCCUCAUUCUAUCUGGGUGGAGAGUGUGGAGAGUGAAGGAGUGGGUUGUGUUUUAGUAUAUUGUAGUGCAGGGUUCCCCAACUGGCGGCCUGCGCUACAAAUUAUGCCCACUGGUGAUUUAUUUGGCCCCGCAAGUUUUCCGAGACACUUUUUUUUUAUGAUUGUUUACAUAAAAGACUGUUAAGUGCCAGAAAAUCAGCUCCAAGUGAUUUUAGGGGUAGUAAAAUAAAUGUAUUCCCACGCGUAAUAGAUGUGAUCGUGUAAGAAAGGUUUGAAAUUAUGUUUUGAUAUCUGUUUGGGCUUCUUGCAGUCUACAAAAUCUUUGUAAUUAUGUUCUGGCCCCCUGACCAUCCGCUCAAGAAAAAAAUGGCCCGCAGCUGAAUCUAGUUGAUGAUCCCUGUUGUAGUUAGGAGAUAGAGGAGCAGUCAAAUAGAUUGGUCUGUAGUGUCGUAUUCCGCACUGUAAAAACACAGCACCAGCCUAACACACACACAAAGCAGUGUGCCAUUAGGCUGUGUUCAAAUCAACACUUUGAGCGAGACUUCAGUACCUCACCCGGUUUGUGCUUGUAGAACUGCCAGCUUUGGGUCAGCCAGAUAAAACUACACACACUCACCAGGUACAAACCAAACCAACCCUGUAGAAACCAAACUCCGGCCGUACAAUACAUGAAUAAACUAACAGGUAACAAAUGAGUUUGGAUGAGGGACUAGGGGUAACACUUUGAUUUGAUAUGGCUUGUGAUCAGUAAAGAAAAAAGGAAGAAACAUGAUGAUUUAAAAGGUAUUUGUUUGUAUUCUUGUUUAUAGUUGGUUUUAUUUUAUCUCCCAAAGCACUGGAACCUAUAUUUUAUUGACUUUGUACAUGAAAUAAUUUAUGAAAUUAGUUUUAUUUCAUAUGUUUUAUGCCACUAAGCCACUUAAAUGUAUUUGUCCUUUUUUAUUUGAUUUUAUUCCAAAAGUACCUUUUUCCUCUAACAGCCAUCUAAAUAUGAAAGUAUUUAAGCCACUAGUGUGAACGUGUACGACCAGUGGGGAGACAUAUUCUAUACUUUUCUUUGUGUGAAGAACUGUUCAAAUUUCACCUGAGAACAUGUACAAUUAUAUUAUGCCAUUUUUAUAUUGAUUGGGAUUGGUUUCUCUUUUCUAACCUAUAGAAUUUGGAACCAGAGACUGUUGAGAGGUGAUUUAUUUGAUUUUAUUCUGUUUUAAUUGUGCUUUUUGUGAAUGUGAAGAUGGCCUGUAGUACUGGUCCCCAGCCAAACCCAAAUACCACAAGAGAAGGGUAUUUCCCUUCAUGGUCUUGAUUUCCGUGGAGAUAACUACCUUCUAAUGGUACUCAGAAAUACCAUUGAGGAGAUCCGUUGGCUAACCUUGAACAGACCUGACUUUCUCUCUCUCUCUGUCUGCCAGAGUUUGCCUUUAUCCUAAUCAAAUGUUUUAUUUUUGUUUUUAUUGUCCAGCCGACACGCCAAAGAGCUUGUCUGCAGAUAAUGUGGCGUGUUGUCCCCUCUUUGACUGUCCCCCUCCCCCAUGUCACUGUAUGGGACUGAAACUGGCUGACUGGGCAAGGGAAACUGGCAUUCUGGUUUUGCUUUGGAUAUAAAAUGUUUUACCAAAGUCUGA